AUGGACGCUGGAAUACGACAGUUGUCGGGCCAGGACAUUCUCAAGGAAGCGGCUACUCCGAAGCACGCUGCGAGGCACACAACAAAAGUCGAAAUCCUAGAUCUAGAAGAGUUGAAAGACUACCAAGGGCGCAAGAGAGCCGAAUUUGAAAAUGUGUUAAAGGUUAAAAGACUCGAUGUCAAACAAUGGAUUCGUUAUGCUCAGUUUGAAGUUCUACAGCACGAUCUCCGAAGAGCCAGGUCUAUCUUUGAAAGGGCGUUGCAGGUCAACAAUAGCUAUGUGCCCUUAUGGAUCAAAUACAUUGACUGCGAGCUGAAAGCCAAAAACAUCAACCACGCUAGAAAUCUCCUAGACCGAGCUACCAAUCUGCUACCGCGCAUCGAUAAACUGUGGCUAAAAUACGUAAUUGUCGAGGAGUCACUAGGCAAUCUACCCAUUGUCAGAGCUUUGUUCAGCAAGUGGUGUUCUUUGGAACCUGGACAUAACGCAUUCGACGCGUUCGUGGAGUUUGAGACGAGGUGCGGAGAGUUUGAAAAUGUACGAAAAGUUUAUUCUCGCUAUGUGUUAGUGCAUCCAGGUGUAAAAACCUGGCUGCGGUGGAUAGCCUUUGAAAAAAAACAUGGUGAUGUCAACUCAAUACGACAAGUUUUAUCUUUGGGACUAGACACAUUGGGCCUUUAUGAGUCUACUAGUGACAGUGAUAUUGCGUCUAUUGUGCGAACCUUUGCUGAAUGGGAAGCUACUCAACAGGAAAGUGAACGCGCGAGUGCUCUGUAUCGACUGGCAACUGAGAAGUGGCCAAAUAAUGAACUUUUAGUGUCGGAACGAGUUCGGUUUGAGAAAAUGUAUGAUCUCAGUACUAAUUUAGACACGUCUAUCACAGAAAAGCGAAAAAUGGAGUAUGAAAACAUUCUCAGAAAAAACUCCAGAGACUAUGAAACUUGGUGGGUUUACCUAGAUCUACUUCAGAAACAUUAUGCAAGCGAAUAUGAAAUAGCACUUGGAAAUUCAAUUGCAAGCAACGCUCCUGAAGAUGAGGCCAAGACUUUAACUUGGCGAAGAUACAUCUAUCUGUGGAUUCGCGCCUUAACUUUCUUUGAGCUGAGCGCAGGAAACUAUGAAAGAACUCGAGAAAUUUUCGAAACAUUGAUAAAAGACGUCAUACCGAACAGCAGCUUCACAUUUGCCAAGAUUUGGAGGCUUUACGCCAAUUUUGAGCUGCGUCAAAGCAACUUGACCACAGCGCGCAAGAUCUUAGGUUAUGCGCUGGGAACAUGCCCGAAGAAUAAAAUAUUCAAAGACUACAUCCAGUUGGAAAUACAACUAAAAGAGUUUGAUCGGGUGCGCAAGCUUUAUGAGAAGUUUAUUUCCUUCAAUCCCUAUGCUGUUUCCAACUGGCUGGCGUAUGCUGAAUUGGAAGAUAACCUGGGUGACGAGGAUAGAGCCCGUGCUAUCUUUCACUUGGCGGUAUCAGAGGAAAUUGGAUUGGAGCAUCAAGAUCAGGUAAAGAUUUUGAGAGAGCUCAUAAAUUUUGAGAUUUCAGUGGGCGAAUAUGCGAGGGCUGAAAGUGUUUACAGAAAACUAUUGACUAUGAGCUCGUAUGAUGCCAGCAUGUGGAUUGAUUUGGCAAUCUUUCAAAGUUCUGUUCCAACUGAAGAGCAGCUUAUUCAGGAAGCGAACAAUGAUAACGAAGACGAAGACACUCUGGAAGUCACUGACAUUCACAAACUGAAUACUAGAAAAGUUUUCGAAGAAGCUCUUUCGUAUUACAAAGAAAUGAACGAUAAGGAGGGCAGAUAUGCAAUCUUGAAAGCAUUGAGAGCUUACGAAGAUGUGCAUGGAACAAUAGAAACUCAGGCUGCAACUAAGGAGAGACUUCCUGUCGAGAAAUCAAAGACAAAGCGUGAGGGGGGCAUCGAUGUGGAAUACGUUGACCUUGAGUUCCCCGAAGAUGCGACUGGUGAAAUUGCGACCGAUAGAAAAUCAAAACUUUUGGCUAUGGCUCAAAAAUGGCAACGAGGAAAAGAAUCUUCAUAA